AUGGGAGGGGAUGGGGAAAUGAGGGGGGAUGGUGGAGAAUUGGGGGGGAUGGGGGAGACGAUGAAACGGAGAGGAGGGGCGGAGGGGCAAUGGAGAGGUGCGCGGGGAGCAGAGGAGACGCAGACAUUCACACGCACCGUUCCCUCCUCUCCCUUGCAGUCACUCUCCAAGCAGGGGCACUCUCCGUUCAUCACUGCACUCUCCGUUCAUCACUGCACUCUCCGUUCAUCACUGCACUCUCCGUUCAUCACUGCACUCUCCGUUCAUCACUGCACUCUCCGUUCAUCACUGCACUCUCCGUUCAUCACUGCACUCUCCGUUCAUCACUGCACUCUCCGUUCAUCACUGCACUCUCCGUUCAUCACUGCACUCUCCGUUCAUCACUGCACUCUCCGUUCAUCACUGCACUCUCCGUUCAUCACUGCACUCUCCGUUCAUCACUGCGCUUUGCUCUCGGCUGCCUCUGUCGCUCGCCACCAUUUCAUCAUCCCCCCCAACACUUCCCACACUCCUUUCCAUUUCCCCAACCCCCUUCUAUACUCCCCCAUCCGAUUUCAUUCCUUCGAACCCCCCUUCCUUUCUCUCCCGUCACCUCCCUUCCUCCCUCACCCGUUCCCUAUAUUCCCCAGCCCCUCCUAUUCUCCCCAGCCCUCUCUCAUCCUCCCCCAUCCCCCACCACCCCCUCCCAUCCCCCACCACCCUCUCCUAUUCCCCACCACCCCCUCCCAUCCCCCACCACCCCCUCCCAUUCUCCACCACCCCCUCCCAUUCUCCACCACCCCCUCCCAUUCUCUCCCAUUUUCCCCCAACGUUUCCAUUCUACCCCACCCCGUUCCGUUCUUCCCCAUCUUUAAGUGGUUGUUCAAGUUACGGCUGAUGCCUUGCUGCCUCAGCUUUACUCUGUAG